GUUUACCAACAUUCAAGAGGGAAACAAAGGAAGAGCGAUCGUGUCGCUGUCGACGGAAGCGAAAUAUCAGGAAAAAGUUUUCAUUCUUUGAAUACCACUAUAGUGUGUCACCUACAUAAGGCUUCCGACAUGUCCCACAAACAGAUCUACUAUUCUGAUAAAUAUGACGAUGAGAAAUACGAAUACAGGCAUGUAAUGUUACCCAAAGAUAUUGCGAAACGUGUACCAAAAACCCAUUUGAUGUCAGAGUCGGAGUGGAGGAACCUGGGGGUCCAGCAGAGCCAGGGAUGGGUUCAUUACAUGAUCCACCAGCCAGAACCACACAUUUUGCUGUUUCGACGUCCUUUGCCGACUCAAAAAGCGUAAGGGAGAUUUUCCUGGGUUCCGCAAAGAUCAGCCCUUGUUCAGUCAUCACAUCAGCUUCAUCCUGCCAAAGCUCUCCUGUGGUCGCUGCCUUUGCCUGCUCCUGCUGGACCCUGAAUGGACUACUAUGAACAGCAGCUGUGGAAUGCUGUAUGUGUCGAAGGAAGAAAAAGAAAAAAAUAACCCUGUCCUUUGAGAGGACUUCGGCAUGUGUUAACAGCAUCACUCCAACUGCCAGAAACCUUUUGACUUAUUCCACCUGACAAAUUUGCUGAACCUGUUUGGAUAUUCCAGCUUUUAGAUCAUGUGUUGUAUGAUUAAAAGUGGAGAUUUAAAUGACAUCACGCAGGCAGAAUACAAGGAUCCUAAAUUUAGUUUGACUCUGGAAUGCCAAUGGUUAUGUGACCUGUUGCUGCUUGGGUUAAAUGGCAUUUGACUGUAUUUUCAUGUGCAUGAAAUUCCAACUGAGUCUGGGAACCUAGAUUUGAUCCGGUUCUGUGGUUCUGCCUACUUUCAGAGCAAGUCUUAUCAAUUGGUUUGACUACCAGUGUGCUGCUCAGUAUUUAUGAUAUUGCCCUUUCUGAAAUAAAUAUGAACUUUUUAA